AUGGGGCUUUUCGAUGUUAAAAGCUUUGGUAUACUUGGUAAUGGAAGAAUUCAUGUUCUUGAUAUAAAUCCAGUACCAGGUGGUCCAAUGACAGAGAUAUCAUCAUUUGAAACAGCUGAUGGUGUUUACGAUGUUACUUGGUCUGAAGAGAAUGAAUAUCUUCUUGUUGCUGCUAUAGCUGAUGGUUCUGUGAAAUUAUAUGAUUUAGGUUUGCCACCAACAGGUAAUCCUAUUCGUUCACUUUCUGAACAUACUCGUGAAGUUCAUUCUGUUGAUUGGAAUCCUGUUCGUCGUGAUUCGUUUAUUACGUCGUCGUGGGACGAUACGGUUAAAUUAUGGACUGUGGAUCGUCCGACGAGUGUAAGAACUCUUAAAGAACAUGCUUAUUGUGUUUAUUCAUCUGUAUGGAACCCUAGACAUGCUGAUAUAUUUUGUUCUGCUUCCAGGGAUUGUACUGUUAGGGUUUGGGAUGUCCGAGAGCCUGUUUCAACUAUGAUAUUACCUGCACAUGAAUUUGAGGUUUUAUCUUGUGAUUGGAAUAAAUAUGAUGAUUGUCUGAUUGUUACGGCUUCCGUUGAUAAGUCGAUUAAAGUUUGGGAUGUAAGGAAUUCCAGGGUUCCCGUUAGUGUGUUGAAUGGGCAUAGUUAUGCUGUUAGGAAAGUUAAAUUCUCACCACAUAGACAGAGUUUGAUCGCAUCGUGUUCGUAUGAUAUGACGGUUUGUUUAUGGGAUUAUCAAAUUGAAGAUGCCCUUGUUGGGAGAUAUGAUCAUCAUACUGAAUUUGCGGUUGGUGUUGAUAUGAGUGUUCUUGUCGAAGGUUUACUUGCUAGUACUGGUUGGGAUGAGAUGGUUUAUGUUUGGCCACAUGAGACUGAUCCAAGAGCACCGUGAAGAAAUUUUACAGGACAAGGAGAAGAAGAACCAGCUCCAUAUGUUAUUGUAGUGCAUGGACCUCCCAAGGUAAAUGUGUGUAUGUACAACCUUGGCCGCAUCUUGUUUUUUAGCUGACCGUGACAGACACCUCGUUCCAAUUUCUGACAUCAA